CAUCGCCAGCUUCUCGACAUCGCCAUGUCCUGGCACGGGCUCCUGGAGAGGGGCCUCACGCUGCCCAACGACACUCGAGUCGGGUCUGGUCGCGACGGCUCCAGCGGUGGUACUCUGAGCACGGCAAACGGCAACAAGACGGCGUCUCUGUCUAAGCUCGGUGCUACCUUUGCACCCGUGGCGAUAUACAUGAGCAUAUGCUUGACCUGUUUCAUCUUGUUGCGGCCUCGGUUCAAGCGGGUUUAUGCACCCAAGACGAUACCCAGUCUGCGAUACCCAGAAAAACCUACUCCUGAGCUGCCCUCUGGCCUGUUCAAUUGGAUCAAGCCCUUUUACCAGAUCCCAGACACUUACCUUCUCAACUAUGGCUCCCUCGACGCCUACUUUUUUCUUCGCUACCUCAAGGUGCUGCGGAACAUUAGCCUUGUUGGCUGCUGCAUCGUGUGGCCAAUCCUCUUUCCGAUACACGGCACCGGCGGCAAUGACCUCACCCAGCUCGAGCUCUUGACGAUUGGCAAUGUCCUCACAGGAUCGGCAAAGCUAUGGGCUCAUGCCUUUGUUGCCUGGCUAUUCUUUGGAUUUACGCUGUUUACAAUUGUGCGAGAGUGCAUCUACUUUGUUAACCUGCGCCAAGCAUAUCUUUCGUCGCCCUAUUAUGCUGAUCGACUCUCGUCCAAGACAAUGCUAUUGCUUUGUGUGCCCAAGCCUUACCGCGAUGAAGCCCGACUUCGAAAGCUCUACGGCGAUUCGGCGAAGCGAAUCUUUAUUCCACGCACGACGAAGGAGCUUGCAAAUUUGGUCAAAGAACGGGAAGAGACUGCUAUGCGACUAGAAAAGGCCGAGAUCACUUUGAUAAAAAAGGCAAAUGCGGCCCGCAACAAGCAUUACCGCAAACAUCCGCAGUCUGCCGGCGUGCGGCACAUUGGACAUGGCAAAGACGUGUCAUCAUCGCAUAACGAGAUGAGCACUGUAGACAGUGGUGAAACUGUUCGACAGUCCAACGAGCCGAGGGAAGCGGUAUUAUCUGAAAUUCACAUUGUGCCGGAUAUUGAACUUCAAGACUACGUCAACAACGUCGAAGGAGGCAAAGACAUCGUGACUGGUAAUGAAGAAGAGGAGGUGAUCAAAGCCGAGGAUCUGGAUUAUGUUCAUCCUUACGGCCUAGGAGACAACUUGCCAGACGUGAGAGGCUCUGUCGCAGCCCUGUGGAUAUCGGCUCAAGACAGACCACACCAUCGACCCAUUGGCAACUUUGGUCGUCGAGUCGAUACGAUCAAGUGGACUCGCAAUAGACUCAAGGAGCUUAACAAGGAAAUCUUUCAAUUACGACGUCGAAUCCGGAGAGGCGAAGCCGACCCUCUCCCUGCUGCCUUUAUAGAAUUCGAUACCCAAGAGGCUGCUCAUGCCGCGCAGCAGGUUGUGGUGCAUCAUUUGCCGCUACAAAUGGCCCCGGGGCUGCUUGGAAUUCGCCCAGAGGAGGUCAUAUGGAAAUCCCUUAGGAUGAGGUGGUGGGAACGCAUUAUUCGCCGUCUCUUGAUUCUGUGUGGCAUCACCGCCGCCAUCAUCUUUUGGUCCAUUCCCGCAGCCUUUGUCGGCAUCGUUUCCAACAUUGAUUUCCUGACCAAAGAAGUCCCAUUUCUUCAUUGGGUCGGCAACCUACCUAGUUUUGUGAAAGGUGUUAUUGGUGGUUUCCUCCCGCCUUUUGCAUUGUCUGUGCUCAUGGCGCUGGUGCCAGUCCUCUUGAGAAUUUGUGCUGCACAAGCUGGAAUUCCUUCUCUCGUUAUCGGAGAGCUCUUUACGCAAAACGCAUAUUUUGCUUUUCAAGUCGUGCAAGUAUUCUUGGUCACAACCAUCACUUCCGCCGCCUCGGGAGCGCUUCAAAGCAUCAUCGAGAAUCCCCUCGGCAUCCAGUCACUUCUCGCACAGAAUCUGCCCAAGGCAUCUAAUUUCUACCUGUCAUAUAUUCUGAUCCAGUGUUUGGCUACUGGUGCAACCGGUCUCCUGCAGGCCUUUUCGGUUAUUCGCCAUGAGAUUGUGGCAAAAACAUCUGAUGUACCAAGGACACGCUUUAGAACGUGGCGCAAGCUUCGACCUGCUCGCUGGGGUGGCAUAUUUCCUGUCUUUACGAAUAUGGGUGUAAUUGCACUUUCAUAUGCCUGUAUUGCGCCAUUGAUUCUUGUAUUUUGCGCUGGCGGUAUGGCAUUCAUGGGCAUGGUUUGGAAAUACAACCUGAUCUAUGUUUUCGAUACAUCAACGGAUAGUAAAGGUCUCUUCUAUCCGCGUGCACUACAACAGCUGAUUAUCGGCCUUUAUCUGGCACAAAUUUGCCUGAUUGGCCUAUUGAUUCUAAAUAAGGCGUAUGGACCUAUGGGGCUGGUCAUUGCCCUUUUGCUCUUCACGGGACUCAUUCAUUUCCUGCUGAGAGACGCCAUAUCGCGCCUGAUGUGGAAUCUACCACAAACACUGGCACUGGAGGAGCAGAUCCAAGAAGAGGAAAAGAUGAAGCUCGCCGCUGAGAAUGACACUGGAGAAGCUGAUGGGAAUGAUGCCGGCGGUGCAGCUGCGAGCUACUUUGAUAUGGAACAAGGAUUUGGCGAAGAAGAAGAAGAGCCCGAUACAGAGGACACUGACGAAGACGAUCACCAUGUGGUCGCCAACAGGGGCCUUGAAGGCGCCAGCAGUCUCCGAAUGGCUGUAACGGCAUGGAUUAAAGCUGCUGUUAUGAAGAAGUUCAACACCGAGGCAGGCAAGUAUGGAAUUAACGAAUAUCUUAAAAGGACAUUUGCUUUUCUAAGGAAUGGAGAUGGAGAGGAGCCGCCAGGAUUUCUCAUCCGGUGGCUGCACCCAGAGGAGCACGAAGACUUUGUGGCAUUACGCAAGCUGCUUCCUCAGGAAGAACGACCGCCAAUUGCAUAUAGACAAGGAGACAAACGUGCUACUUAUGAGCCUCCGGAACUCUGGGAACCGAAGCCAACUCUGUGGAUCCCAAGAGACGAGGCGAGAGUGAGCAGACAGGAGGUGGCACAUACUCGUCUUUCCACGCCGAUAUUUGACCGCGGCGCAGAACUGAGCAAGUCUGGGAGGAUUGUUAUUGAUGAUAUUGAUGCGGCUCCAUUUGAGGAGCAUAGGCGGCUACUAUAGCGAGCGAGUUGACUUUGUUUCUUCUACUACUGUAUCAGCAUUGUGUCAAAAGCUGUGUAAGUUGCUUUACUUGGAGUAGUUGCUAUACCCGACCACGCUGAUAGGGCGCGUGGCCACUGCUAUAUUAAUGUAAUAAUGAACCUCUA